CUCUCCUUUUCCCCUUCCCAUGAAAGAAAUCGGAUGGUCCUCCUUCAAUGUCCUCCACCUACUCUUCUCUUCUUUCUUUUUUUCUUUCUUAUUAUUAACCAUUUAAUUAAUUUCCCCUUCAAUUUCAGUUUCUAGUUCUGUAAAAAGAAAAUACACAUCUCACUUAUAGAUAUCCAUAUCUAUUUAUAUGCAUGUAUAGAGAAUAAAAAAGUGUGAGUUUCUAGGUAUGUUGAGUAUGUGCUGUUUGGACAAUUGUUAGAUGAUCUGUCCAUUUUUUUCUUUUUUCUUCUGUGUAUAAAUAUAUUUGAGCACAAAGAAAAACUAAUAACCUUCUGUUUUCAGCAAGUAGGGUCUUAUAACCUUCAAAGAAAUAUUCCUUCAAUUGAAAACCCAUAAACCAAAAUAGAUAUUACAAAAGGAAAGAGAGAUAUUUUCAAGAACAACAUAAUUAGAAAAGCAGAAGCAGCAGUUAAGUGGUACUGAGAUAAAUGAUAUAGUUUCUCUUCAAGAACAGUUUCUCAUUACCCACCUUCUCCUUUUUGCUGAUCUAUCGUAAUCUUGAGAACUCAGGAUCAAUGGAGGAAGGUGGGAGUAGUCACGACGCAGAGAGUAGCAAGAAACUAGGGAGAGGGAAAAUAGAGAUAAAGAGGAUAGAGAACACAACAAAUCGUCAAGUUACUUUCUGCAAACGACGCAAUGGUCUUCUCAAGAAAGCUUAUGAACUCUCUGUCUUGUGUGAUGCCGAAGUUGCCCUCGUCAUCUUCUCCACUCGUGGCCGUCUCUAUGAGUACGCCAACAACAGCUUCAUUUAUUUGUUAUUAGAAAAAAAAAAAAAAAAAAAAAAAAAAAAAAACUUGUGGAUCUAUUCAAGCCAUGUUGUGAGGGGUACAAUUGAAAGGUACAAGAAAGCUUGUUCCGAUGCCGUCAACCCUCCUUCCGUCACCGAAGCUAAUACUCAGUACUAUCAGCAAGAAGCCUCUAAGCUUCGGAGGCAGAUUCGAGAUAUUCAGAAUUCAAAUAGGCAUAUUGUUGGGGAAUCACUUGGUUCCUUGAACUUCAAGGAACUCAAAAACCUAGAAGGACGUCUUGAAAAAGGAAUCAGCCGUGUCCGCUCCAAAAAGAAUGAGCUGUUAGUGGCAGAGAUAGAGUAUAUGCAGAAGAGGGAAAUGGAGUUGCAACACAAUAACAUGUACCUGCGAGCAAAGAUAGCCGAAGGCGCCAGAUUGAAUCCGGACCAGCAGGAAUCGAGUGUGAUACAAGGGACGACAGUUUACGAAUCCGGUGUAUCUUCUCAUGACCAGUCGCAGCAUUAUAAUCGGAACUAUAUUCCGGUGAACCUUCUUGAACCGAAUCAGCAAUUCUCCGGCCAAGACCAACCUCCUCUUCAACUUGUGUAACUCAAAACAUGAUAACUUGUUUCUUCUCCUCAUAACGAUUAAGAGAGAGACGAGAGAGUUCAUUUUAUAUUUAUAACGCGACUGUGUAUUCAUAGUUUAGGUUCUAAUAAUGAUAAUAACAAAACUGUUGUUUCUUUGCUUAAUUACAUCAACAUUUAAAUCCAAAGUUCUAAAACACGUCGAGAUCCAAAGUUUGUCAUACAAGAUUAGACGCAUACACGAUCAGUUAAUAGAUUUUAAGUGCCUUUUAAUAUUUACAUAUAGUUGCAGCUUCGAUUAGAUCAUGUCCACCAAACACUCACAAUUAGAGACAAGCAAAACUAUAAACAUUGAUCAUAAAAUCAUUACAACAUGUCCAUAAAUUAAUUAUGGAUUACAAAAAUAAAAACUUACAAAAGAUCUAUAAUGUGAUAAAUUAAUGUGUAGCUAUAAUUAAACAAAAUUACAUUUUUUACUAUAGUUACUACUUGAGAUAAUGAUCUCAAAAAGAAGCUUCAUACGCUUAAAGUCUAAUUUGAUACUGUCCUUUAUCUAAAUUACUGUUUAGUAUAUGGACAUGAGAGAAAUAUGAGCAGAGGCUGAAGGCUUAAACCUUCUUCCCUCUGUUCUCUCACACAGCCGCAAGUAUUGGCUUCAUCACUCAGUUUUCUCUUUUCUUUAUAUUUGUUUUCUAAUCUGUUUUUUAGUCUCAGUUCAUGAUUUUGCAUUUUCUAACGAAGAUGUCGGAGGAAUUUACGUAUCUAUACCAAAG